AUAUAUAUAAUCCCAACACAUCCUCACCUCUAAUUCAUCUCUAGUAAUUUUUUUUUUGAAGAACCCUAAUGAUGGGUUCCAAAGCUUCAGCCAUGUUUUUCAUUCUCUCAAUCUUCAUGGCCUUAUCUUUGCCCCCAAUUUAUGCUUGCACUCCUUGUACUCAGCCCCACCCUCCUCAGCCCCCUUAUCACCGCCCUUCCCACCCUAAAAUUCCCCAUCCAAAACCCCACCCUCCUCACCACGGCGGUGGAGGAGGCGGAGGCGGUGGUGGCGGUGGCAGUCGUGGAGGAGGUGGUGGCGGAGGUGGUGGCAGCCGUGGAGGUGGUGGUGGAGGUGGCGGAGGUGGCGGUGGACAUCAUCCCCACCCACCAAUUGUAAUUCCCCCACCAGUUAUCUCCCCACCAGUGAUAACCCCACCAGUGAUAACCCCUCCAGUGAUAACCCCUUCACCACCAUCUACAACCUACCCUCCUUACACUAGCCCUCCUCCUAGUGGGGGUGGUGGAGGUGGAGGUGGAGGUGGCGGCGGUGGCGGUGGAGGUGGUGGUGGACCAGGCUCAGGGCAAUACCCUCCACCAGCGCCGCCGGUUCAACCGACGUGCCCAAUAGAUGCAUUGAAAUUAGGUUUAUGUGUGGAUGUUCUUGGAGGGUUGGUGCAUAUUGGUCUAGGGAAUCCAGUUGAGAAUGCAUGUUGUCCAGUGCUUGGAGGGCUAUUGGAACUUGAAGCAGCAGUAUGUUUGUGUACAACUUUGAGGAUUAAGCUUUUGAAUCUCAAUAUAUUCAUUCCUUUGGCACUACAAGCUCUUAUUACCUGUGGCAAGAAUCCUCCUCCUGGCUUUGUUUGUCCUCCACUUUAGGGAUAUAUCCAUCAUCAUUUUUACUUCUUGUUUCUAGGUCUUAAUUGUCUUUUUGAUGGGGUUUUAUGUUAACAUCUCUGGGGUCUUUUUGUAGUAUUCAUCAUUUGGUUUUAUCUUUGUUGUCUUGGAUAUGCUUUUUUUUUUUUUUUCUUGCUAAGAAAACUCACUUUAGUUAUUUUUAUUUUUAGGUAUAUCUCUAAUAUUAUCUAUCAUUUACUAAUGAUGUAAUGAUUUAGAAUAUUUUCUGAUUCUCACUCUCUUGAAGUUGCAACUUUUUUUAGUUUAA